AUCCACUCCGUCCCGUCUCCCGAGGCGGGAAACUACGAGUGGGGAUUCGCCGCCGCCUGGCUGCGCUUUGGUGCUCCACCGUCGAUCCGUCGCCGCCGGUCACUGCCGCCACCGCAACCGCCACCAUGGGAAUCAAGGGCUUGACGAAGCUGCUGGCGGAGCACGCGCCGAGGGCCGCGGUGCAGCGGCGGGUGGAGGACUACCGCGGCCGCGUAAUCUCUGUCGACGCAAGCCUCAGCAUCUACCAGUUCCUUAUUGUGGUUGGAAGGAAAGGAUCAGAGCUUCUGACCAAUGAGGCUGGUGAAGUCACGAGUCAUCUGCAGGGUAUGUUGAACCGGACAGUAAGAAUGCUAGAAGCAGGGAUAAAGCCUGUUUUUGUUUUUGAUGGAGAGCCACCUGAAAUGAAGAAAAAGGAGCUUGCAAAAAGGUCCUUAAAGAGGAAUGAUGCUACCAAAGAUCUUAAUAGAGCUAUGGAGAUCGGAGAUGAGGAUUCAAUUGAAAAAUUUAGCAAAAGGACUGUCAAGGUCACAAAAAAGCACAAUGAUGAUUGUAAGAAGCUGUUAAGAUUGAUGGGUGUCCCUGUAGUUGAGGCACCAGGUGAAGCUGAAGCACAGUGUGCAGCACUUUGUGAAACUCACCAGGUCUAUGCUGUAGCUUCAGAGGACAUGGACUCACUGACUUUUGGUGCUCGAAGGUUUCUUCGUCACUUAACUGACCUUGGUUAUAAGAAAUCUCCUGUGACAGAAUUUGAAGUGUCAAAGGUUUUGGAAGAACUUGGACUCACGAUGGAUCAAUUCAUUGACUUGUGCAUCCUUAGUGGAUGCGAUUACUGUGAGAAUAUUAAAGGUAUUGGGGGACAAAGAGCCUUGAAACUCAUUCGGCAGCAUGGUUGCAUAGAAGAAGUUCUGCAAAAUCUUAAACAGACGAGAUUCAGUGUUCCAGAAGACUGGCCUUACCAGGAAGUUCGGACCUUGUUUAAGGAACCUAAUGUUUGUACAGGAAUUCCAGAUUUCAUGUGGACCUCACCUGACUCAAAGGGCCUCAUGGAUUUCUUGUCAACUGAAAACAGUUUCAGUCCUGAUAGGGUAGCAAAGGCGGUAGAAAAGAUUAAGGCUGCAAGGGAUAGAUAUUCCCCAGGAAGAUUGAAGCUUUUGACACCAGUUGCUAGCUUACCGGGAUCUCACACGGAGAAGGAACCCACAUGCACACUAGGUUCUACAGGACAAAGUCUGAAGGUCAGGUCUGCUCAAGUGUGCAAGAGUUCAGGCCCUGGUUUCAGAUACGGUAGCUCAAAGCCAUUUAUGCUGGGCAUGCAAUCAGGAUUUCAUGGAAGACCUUGUGCUUUCUCUUUUAUCUAAAUAUGUACCUGCUCUGGUUUACAAGACCUGGCUGGUUGAAGCUGUAACUGCAGCUACAUGAAGGAUGCUUACUUAAAAUUGUUAAUCUGAUCCUACUAUUCUAAUCUUUUCCUUUUGUAUUGUAACCUAGCUAGUGAACUGCUGCAGUUCAUCUUCUCACAUCUAAUGAUGAUUACCGCUACACCA